CUGUUUAAAAAAAUGCUAGCAAGAGGCAUCGACUUCCGGUUGAUGUCAUUGUGAACCGGAACAACAAUGUUUAUGUGAACGUGACGCAAGGGUCAGGAUCUCUCUCUCUCAGCCAUCUUGGACCCCGAGCUCGAAUCUACCAACAAUGCCAGGUGAAGCCACAGAAACUGUCCCAGUGACAGAGCAGGAGAUGCAGCAGCCCCAAGUGGAGACGGCUGCUGCUGCUUCAGUUCCUUCUGGUUCUAAGACAAAGGCUAAAGGGGCUAAGGCUGGCUCAUCUCCACACUCUUCUGCCCCUAAGCCUGUUCCUGUGGGCCGCAGGAAGCGCUCCUCGCUUUCUGCUUCUUCCUCUUCUCCCACUUCACCUAAGUCAGCCUCUGGCCCUCGUGCCACCCCACCUUGUUCUCCACUUGCAUCUCCUUCAGCUAGCUCUCCUGGUUCAGGGAAACCUGAUUCAAGUGUUCCAAAGGUUGUGAAGGCUGGUAAACAGGCAAAAACCAAGAAAGCAGAUUUUAAGGUUGCUGAACCUCAGGAGGUAACCCUACCUUCAGCUGCACCCUCAGAUGCUAAAACAGCACAUGAGUCUUCCCCAACCUCUCCCAAAGCAGACACUCUACCUGUAACUCUAGUAGAGGCAAAAUCUGUGAAAGAUGAAUCUGCUACCUUGACUAAAACAGAGGCAAAACCAACCAAAAUUGCAGGCCCUACAAUGGCCUCUCCUAAAGGUACUAAUGCUACCCCAGUAAAGGUAAAACAGGAGAAGGGUACAGCAGCUUCUUCAGUGAAAGUUGUAGCACCCACUUCUCCUAAAGAUGUCCCAUCUCCAGUACAGGAAAAAACACAGCAUGUUGAAGCAACUACCUCAGCGUCAGUGGCAGUAAAACCAUCGAAAGAUGCAGGUUCUACAGCAGCUUCUCCUAAAGUUACUGUUGCUGCUCCUGCAAAGGCAAAACAGGAGAAGAGGGCUGUCGCUUCUCCAGUGAAAGCUGAAACACCUGCUUCUACAAAAACUGUCCCUUCUCCAGGACAGGAAAAAGCAGAUAAUUUAGAAGCAACCACUGCAGCUUCAGUGGAGGUAAAACCAACAAAAGAUGCAGGUCCUAUAGCAGCCUCUCCUAAAGGUAAUGUUCCUGCUCUAGUGAAGGCAAAACAGGAGAAGGCUGCUCUAGCUUCUCCAGUGAAAGCUGAAGCAGCUGCUUCAGUAAAAGAUGUCCCACCUCAAGUACAGGUAAAAACACAGAAUGUUGAAGCACCUAUCUCAGCUUCAGUGGCAGUAAAACCCUCAAAAGAUGUAAUUUCUACAGUAGCUUCUCCUAAAGGUACUGUUGCUACUCCUGGGAAGGCAAAACAGGAGAAGGCUGCUGUAGCUUCUCCAGUGAAAGCUGAAGCACCUGCUUCUGCUAAAGAUGUCCCUUCUCCAGGACAGGAAAAAACAGAUAAUAUUGUAGCAACUUCCUCAGCUUCAGUAGAGGUAAAACCAACAAAAGAUGCAAGUCCUACAGCAGCCUCUCCUAAAGGAGAUGUUCCUGCUCCCAUGAAGGCAAAACAGGCGAAGGCUGCUCUAACUUCACCAGUGAAAGCUGAAGCACCUGCUUCUGCAAAAGAUGUCUCACCUCCAGUACAGGAAAAAACAGAGAAUAUUGAAGCAGCUACCUCAGCUUUAGUGGAGGUAAAACCAACAAAAGAUGCAGGUCCUACAGCAACUUCUCCUAAAGGUAUUGUUGCUACUCCUGGGAAGGCAAAACAGGAGAAGGCUGCUGUAGCUUCUCCAGUGAAAGCUGAAGCACCAGCCUUAGUAAAAGGUGUCCCAAACCCAGUGGUUGCAAAACCAGUGAAGAGCGAAGCAGCAGGCCCAACCUCAGCUCCAGUUGAUGAGAUGCCGGUGAAGGGUAUUGUACCUGCACCAGCCACUUCAAAAGUGGCCAUCCCUGCCACAGUGGAUGCAAAACCAUUAGAGGUUGUAUCACCUACUUCAGUAUCUCCUAAAGUUACUGUAGCCCCUGAGGCUUUUAAAGUAGUUUCUAAGACCGCCGUCCCUGCACCCAAAUCAUAUUCUGAGGUUGUGGCUUGUAGUCUUCCCAAAGUACCAGAGAUGCCAAAGGUUGUUCAGGAAAUCCAAAUAACACCUAAAGGGUCAGACACCCCAAGGGCUCCGACAGUUAUUUCAGAAACUCCCAAGAUUGCUGAAGUGCCCAAAUCUGCUUCUGAAUCUCCAGAGGCUAAGUGUGUUCCUGUUAUAUCUCCAGUACAAAAACCAAAGCCUGUUCCAGUUGCUUCUAAAGGAAAUUUAGAUGUCCCUAAAAAGUCAAGUGUUGGUCCAUCUAAUGCAGCAAAAUCCACCAAGUCUUCCAUUGUUCCUCUGGAUGAGGAGGAAGAUGACCUCCCUCCACUUAUUCCACCUGAGAAGCCUGAUAUGCUGCCUGUUUUUCAACCCGUAGCCGAGGCUCCACCUAAAGUGGAACCGGUAGUUAAAGCUCUUGUGACUCCAGCUGGUCCUAAAACCGCUCCAGCACCUGCUAAACUUCAGCUUGACCCUACACCAGUUAAAGCUGCAUCCAACCAGGAAGCAGUAAUCAAGAAUGACAAGGGGUCCGGCACUGAAUCAGACAGUGAUGAAUCUGUUCCUGAUCUGGAGGAGCAGGAUUCUGCACAGACACAGACACAGCAGGCACAGCUUGCAGCAGCUGCUGAAAUUGACGAGGAACCCGUCAGUAAAGCCAAACAAAGCAGAAGUGAAAAGAAAGCAAGAAAGGCAAUGUCCAAACUGGGUCUCAGACAAGUGACGGGGGUUACCAGGGUUACCAUUCGCAAGUCUAAGAACAUUCUGUUUGUCAUCACCAAACCAGACGUCUACAAAAGUCCCGCUUCAGACACUUACAUUGUUUUUGGAGAGGCUAAGAUUGAGGACUUGUCCCAGCAAGCUCAGUUGGCUGCUGCAGAGAAGUUCAAGGUCCAAGGAGAAGCAGCAUCAAACAUCCAAGAAAGCACACAGACGCCUACAGUACACGAGGAAAGCGAAGAGGAAGAGGUUGAUGAGACCGGAGUAGAGGUUAAGGACAUUGAGCUGGUCAUGUCUCAAGCCAACGUAUCACGGGCAAAGGCUGUUCGCGCACUGAAGAAUAACAACAACGACAUUGUCAAUGCCAUUAUGGAAUUGACGAUGUAGGUGGAUAUCAGAGCAGGGCAGAAUGAGAUGUUGCUGAAUUAAUCUACACUAUUUGUACAAUUUAUACCCAAGAGAAAUAAAGUUUGGUUGAUGGCUA